GAACGACUCUGAUGGUGUGAUUUGACGUUUGUGGGUUCUUGUUCGUCUUGCAAACUGUCGACAAGAAAAAGAGAAGUCUCGUGAUAAAGGUACAACAUCGCAGCAGUUUUAUUGGUGUUAUCCAAGUGAACACCACAUAACUGUGUAGGAGAACAGGAGAUUGGGUUGAUAGUGUUACAGAUGUACAUAGAUUUGCUGUGUCAUGUCCCUUCUGGUUUAGAUUUUAAAUCAACAAUGCACCUGUGCCAGUUCGAAAACCCAGGAGUCACCAACAUCUGUACCUUACAGUCGUAAACACCCUAGCCCGUCUGCGUAAAAUCUAUCUUGAAGUUCUUCUCGGAAAGAUGGAGUGAGCCAAGGAGGCCCAGAGGAUAAUCAAAUACAUUCCACGAUGAUGUCAUCAGGCAGUUUUGCACCCGAUACAAAACAUUACGAGUUGUACACUGUUAUAGGACGUGGUUGUAAUGAUGCGGCUGGUAUCAUUCUUACCAAGCAUAUACCCUCAGGCAAACACAUUGCCAUCAAAAAGACGAACCUUGAGUCAUGUGACAUAGACUUCUCUGUUCUCCAGAAUGAGGUGAUAUUGUGCCGGCAGCUCCAGCAUGAGAAAAUCCUGCCUAUGUUGACUACCUUCAUUCAUAACCACGAGCUGUGGACGGUGAUGCCACUCAUGGCCUACGGUUCCUGUAAGGAUUUGAUCCACGCUUAUUUUACCAAUGGUCUGCCAGAACUAGCAUCCUCCUACAUUCUCAGGGACACACUUCUCGCCCUGGAGUACCUACACUCAAAAAGUAUCAUACACAGGAGUGUUCGAGCCAGUCAUAUCUUGGUUGCUGCCUCCGGAAAUGUUUGUUUGGCAGGACUGAGGGAUGCUCACAGUAUGAUACACCGAGGGCAGAAACUGAGAAUUGUUCACGACUACCCUCAACACUGUAUCAACUCCCUACAGUGGCUUAGCCCUGAAAUCCUGGAGCAGAACUUGACGGGAUACGACUGUCUGUCCGAUAUCUACAGUGUUGGAAUAACAGCCUGUGAACUGGCGAAUGGCUACGCACCUUUUACUGACAUGCCUGUCACACAAAUGCUGCUGGAGAAGGUAAAUGGUACAAAACCUGUCCUAGCAGACAGCACCACUCUAGCAGAACUUGUGGGUCCAGAUUCUGGAGUCGACAGUGAAGCUACCAACAGCAGAGAGAUCACCGACCUUGCUAAUGCCCGAAAGUUCUCAAAUCAUUUCCAUAAUUUUGUUGAAGUGUGUUUGGAGAAAAGCCUGGAUACAAGGCCAAGUUCUUCCACAUUGUUAGGUCAUUCAUUUUUCAAACAUCUAAAGAAAAGGACGUCGGAGAUGCUACCAUCAUUACUUCAACCAUUAUCUCCUCUCACAGACAUCAGUAAGAUACCUAAAGCCGAAGGAGGGGAUGUAGAUGACAUGGCUGAGGAAAUCAACAAUAUGUCCAUGGAGGAAGGCUGGGAGUUCUAGAGGCCUGGGACAGGAUGGGACGAAUGAGUUGUAUGUUAAUUUGCAAUGACAUGGAGGAGUUCUAGGGACAUAUGAGAGGAGGGAACAAUGAGUUUUUGGUUAAGCUGUGAUGAUAUGGAGGAAGACUGGGAGUUCCAGGAACCUGGCAGACGACAGAGCAAAUGAAUUUUAGGUUAAAUUAUGAUGACAUGGAGAAGAACUGGGAGUUCGGAGGGACCUGGCAGAGGACAAAACUGGUUAAUCUGCGACGAUGUGGAGGAAGACAGAGUUCCAGGGACCUGAGAGAGGAAGGAACAAAUGAGGUUUAGGUUAAUCUGUGAUUAUUAAGUGCUGUCCUAGAGACAAUAGGAAGAUUACGUGGGGACCAAAGAGAAUGUGGAGCACAAAGUUAUGGUUUUAAAUGUUUUGAACCAAUGGAAUAGAAGGAAAGAAUUCCAGGAACAUCUGAGGGAUUUGAAAUAGCAGCAGCCUCCAUGGACAUGGAUAUGAGGUAGCUCCUCAUCCAACACUAGGACAGGAGAACGGGAAAAGAAAUCUUGGAUAUGGUUCAAUGAAAACAAGGCUUGUUAAAGGGUUGUUAAUGACUGUCUAGUACAAAUGAACAUGUUGGAAAAUGCCAUAACAAGAUUCUUUGAAAAUCCUGUUUAUUACAUUCAAACUGCCACACACAUAUAAGAUUUUGAUUUGUUCGAACCUACAUAUAAUUAUAUGGCAUUUAUCAAAAGUCAGUUUGAAAAAGUUUCAAAACAAGUUGAAAUGGAAACAGAUUCAAAAUGCAUUUACUUUUUGGGGAAAACUAUUUUGAAAAAAAUUGUCUUUUGGCCAUUUUGCCAUCUUGAGUUGAUUUUUUGGUCUCAAAUGUUAUGUAUCAACACAAUGAAGUUUAUUAUUAUUAUAAUAUGUCUGUCUUUUAUUCUGAUGCAGAGCUAGUUUAUAUAAACCCUUUCCCCUUAUCUCUCUGGUUCAAAUUCUGCAUUUAUAACUUUUCAUAAAGAAUUCAAUGUCUACAAACUAUGCCAUUAUCAUAUCAUUUACAGCUGUCAGAUCAACUUUCAGUAAAACUCGGAUUUAAUAUCUGAGAAUAUAAUGUGCUGUAUAUUUGAUACACAGUCAUGACUCACCUUGUCGGUACAACCUCUGUCUGAAUAUUAAUUAUUAUCUGAAUAUUAUUGAUUAGACUGGCCACCUGUCUAUAGAAUAUUAAAAUUAAAGAUUAAAUUGUGGUCUUUGAUUUCGGUCUUGAGGAUAUGUCUGAUCCUAAGUUUCAAACUAGGGGGAGAUAAUCCAGUAUUAGAAUUUUGUAGAUCAAAUCUGACAAAAAAACUUACGGGCUGGUGGCCAGUCUAAUCAUUGAUGAAAAUGGAAGAUUUCUGAAGAACUUUUUGUUGUGAUAGUUUGACUUUAGAAUGUAUUUCUUUACUGAGGUAAUACCCACUAAGAUAAGACAAAAGAAUGAUAUUGGUCAAGGGCUUUUUCUGAGGGCCUUUUGGGGCCGUUUAUGGACCCCAUUCCCAAUUUAAAUUAUUUCAUAUAAAAGCCAAAUUCCCAAAAUUUAAAGUUUACUCCUUAAAAAAUCUUUUCCAAUUCACCAAUUUUCUUCCCAAAAUGAGAAGAAAAGACCCCAUCCUAAACCAGUGAUAAAAGCUCUGGGGUUGCGUCAAAAUUUUGUCAUUAUGUGAUGCUCUAGGAUACAGGGGGACAUUAAAAAUUCAUAAUUUUGUUGAUGAUGGUAAUGUGAAGCUACGUUAGAUAUGAUUUCACAGCUGUAGGUAUUUCAGGGGUCAGUCUCCUGUAUUCAGUUCAUGAAGGGAAGCUCAUGAUAUUGUCAGUUUUUGUUUUGUUUUUGUUUUGUGGGAUAUUUCUAAGCCCGAAUUCUGAAUAGGAGAAGUUGUAUAAGGUCAUAAAUCAGAAUAUAUUAUAAAUAUACAAUGUAUAUUAUAUUUGUUUUAAAUGUAAGUGAAACUUAUUCAUCCGACACAUCAUUCAUAAUUUGUUUUAAAAUAAUGUGCUCAGUAUUAUACUUGCACAAAUCUUCAAUCAAUUAUUAGUUCAAAAUACAGAAAUUCAAAUUUUUUAUUUUUUUUUAAGAAAAAAAAAAAGAAACUGUUAAUUCAUCUUCAGAUUAUUUAUCUUAAAAUUCUGUUUACAUCAUCUUUUGAACAAAAUGGAAUGUUGAAAGUCAAACAAUUCAUCAGCAAACAGCUACAUAUUGGUUUAGGAUACCCUUUUAAAAAUUGGCUGUGUGUGAUCUAGAUGACGAUUACAAAAUAAAAGUAGCCUAGUUUCCCCGCACAGGAGCAAUCAGAAAUACAUCUGUACAUACUGAUGUACAUCACUGAUCUGCCUAUUGCUAGGUUUCGUGUUACCAACUAUAGUCAGUGUAUUACAGGUAUUCAGUAUCUCGGAGACGGGGUCACAUAAAUCACAACUCGGGUAAACGUCACCAUUGUAUUACAGGUAUUCAGUAUCUGGGGGAUGCGUUCACAUAUAUCACAACUUGGGUAAACGUUACCAUUGUAUUACAGGUAUUCAGUAUCUCGGGGACACGUUCACAUAGAUCACAACUCGGGUAAACGUCACCAUUGUAUUACAUGUAUUCAGUAUCUCGGGGGACGCGUUCACAUAAAUCACAACUUGGGUAAACGUUACCCUUGUAUUACAGGUAUUCAGUAUCUGGGGGACGCGUUCACAUAGAUCACAACUUGGGUAAACGUCACCAUUGUAUUACAUGUAUUCAGUAUCUCGGGGGACGCGUUCACAUAAAUCACAACUUGGGUAAACGUUACCCUUGUAUUACAGGUAUUCAGUAUCUGGGGGACGCGUUCACAUAGAUCACAACUUGGGUAAACGUCACCAUUGUAUUACAGGUAUUCAGUAUCUUAAGGACGGGGUCACAUUAAAUGUUUUGUAAUACAUGUAAUUAACAAACUAAGAAAAGGGUUACAGCAUGGUUGUUUUAUUUCUUUUUCAGAUUUUUAGCUUUCUUUGGAAUAGAUCUUAAGCAAAUCUCAGAAGGGAAAAAAACAUACUAAGAUAAGUUUUGUUAUGUGCUGUUUAUGGUUGAUUUAAUCAUGGGAUUUUCCUAUAAGUCAGAGAUUUAAUGUAAUAUACACUGGUAUAUGGUUGUUACCAGUCAGCUGGACAAUGUGUACAUGUUUUGUUGUGCAGGAAAAUGUUAUCAAACAACCUAAUAGACUCAUUGUAAGUUAUCAACUGGGAGAUAUUUUUCAGUGUUAAGACUUACGUGUCUGGGACGUUUUCAUUUUGUCUUCGAUGAUUAUUUUGAAAAAACUUACUUGAACAAGUUGAAGUAAAACAAAGUUUAAACUAAGGUUUGUAUCGGAUUAUUUGUUCAAAAAUUUACAUGUCUUGUAUCAUAUUGAGAUUAUGUUGAUUGAGGAUUCAGCAAGUUUGGCACAGUAUUUUAAAGACCAUUUUAGGUUUUAAAUUUGGAAUUCUGAAUAUCAUCCUUCAAAAGACCUAGCGUACCUCUGAAAACAUAAUUACUAUUUAGAAUCUAGAAUAGAUUUAUUGAAGAAAUCAUGCAUUUUAUGGAUACACCACACAUGAAGAAUUGUCAACAGGGCAUUUAAAGUCUAAGUAUUUACACUGUAUCCAGUCUAGGGGCCUGGGCCCAACUUAGAACCAAAGUAUGAAGUGGGCUAAUGGCAAGAUAGAAUAGCAUUUUUUUAAAAACAUUUUGACUGAAUUGCGAUAGCCCUAGAUGGACUUAUUAGCAGACAUUUGCAUGAGCUAAUUGGCAAAUAAAUACAGUAUUUCAUUAUCUGUAAUAUAUCUAGUUAUUUCUGUUUUAAACCAAAAUGGAAAUGUAUGUUCAACAUGGAAAAGGCUAAGUAAAUGUACCCUAACAAAAUGUUCACUUUUUAAAACACAAGUUAUUGUUGAAAAUUGUCUUUAGAUGAAUCAAAAGGAAAUGAAGUACUGGAACUUGGCGGAAUUCAAAGUCAUCUUUAAAUGCAAGUUUAUUGUAUUAACACAUGUACACUGUAAAGCUAACAAGUAUAUGGUUGAUAUUAGAUUCUAUCUUUGUAUACAUGUACUUGUAGUAUAUUUGUUAAAAAAACAUUGUUGUUAUGAUAAUUGUAAUGAAUAAAAUAUGUUGAACAAAACCA